AUGUCGGGCAUUUCCACGUCGCCACACGCAGGCCGUUGCACAGCGGCUCUUCCAAGAGGCCACCAGGAGGGCACCGCUCCGGCAUGCGACGAGGUUGGCGAUAGCCUAGCUCCGCAACCGGCAGCCGGAGGAGGCGCUGGUGUUGCGGCAUGCAGCUGCCAUGAGCUCUUGGCGCGGCGCUGGCGGGGAACCACUCUUCCAGCCCUCCCUGACCAGCCUGCAACCAUAACCGACGUUGACGAACGCGUCCCGGCCGUGGUGCUGCUGGAAUCCUCCGGCUUGCCUGUGUGGGCGUCGCGGCGAGGGCGUUUUAGACGAUAG